AUACAGCAAGGAUCCCAUUCUGAAGCCUGAAGAUUUAACCUCCAGAUACAAGCCAUAAAAGAACUCUUCGCUGAGAUAGAUAAUCCUUCUUUACAUUCUAUUCCAUCGAGCUGAAAUCGGCCCCUCUUCUUUAGCUUUUCAUCGCCUUAAUCAUCAUGAAUUGUCCCUGUUUCACUUUGGUAGGGAGCUCCCCAAGUAGCUGAUGAAGAAUCUUAGAACUAAUGGCUUUGUAUGCUAAAUGUUUUCUGUUGUUGCUUUGUCUUUGUGUUCUACUACCAUUUUCUGUUUUCAUUAUUCAGUGAUUUGUUUGUAAUAAAAUAGCUCUGUGAACAUUUUCUCUAAUAAAAAAAAAAAAAAAACCGAUGCUAACGCGUGCGUACCAGCGCGGCGCUGGGUUCCUUUUCGCUCAUGGCCUCAUCCCUCCAAUGAACAACAGCAAUAGCUCCACUAGAUCCCCUGUUUUUAUGUCGUCAUCUCGCUGUGAAGCCCCUUCCGUCCCACCGACUCACACCAUCACCCUCGCCGGUGGACACCACGUCCAGAUCGUUGCAUCCCCUGGGCUCUCGGAGUCCGAUCUCAGGAAUGCUGUUGAUUCGGCUUUGUUCAAAAUCUGGUUGAAGAAUAUGCAAAGUGAAACAGGAAUUUUAGCUGGUGGAGAGAUAAGUUUGAGACAAGUGCUCAUCCAGGGUGUGGAUAUGUUUGGAAGAGGUGCUGGAUUUUUAAAAUUUAAAGCAGAUGUCGUCGACAAGGAGACAGGAAUGAAGAUUCCAGGUAUUGUGUUUGGUGGCCAAUCUGUUGCAGUUCUGGUUAUUUUGGAGUCAGGAGGGAAGGAUUAUGUAGUUCUUACUGAACAGGUUAGAGUUCCUGUAGGAAGAUUUACUCUGGAAUUACCAGCUGGGAUGCUGGAUGAUGACGGAGGUGAUGUUGUUGGUGCAGCUGUUCGUGAGGUUGAAGAGGAGACUGGCAUAUGCUUGAAACUUGAGGCUAUGGUUAAUCUGACAUCAUUUCUUGACCCAAAAACUGGUUGCAAGAUCUUUCCUUCUCCGGGUGGAUGUGAUGAAGAACUGAGUCUGUUCCUUUAUAGAGGGUGUGUAGAGGAAGAAAUUAUCAACUCAUUGCAGGGAAAGGAGAUGGGUCUUCGUGAUCAUGGUGAGUUGAUCAAGGUACAUGUAGUUCCUUAUGAUAAACUUUGGCGUAUGACUGCAGAUGCGAAGGCCCUCGCCGCUGUUACUUUAUAUGAAAUGGCCCAGAGAAAUGGUUUUCUUCCUCUAAGAAGAUUGUCAUGAUGACAGGCUUUAUAGCGCUCACUACUUUUUCUUUUGGGGUUGCACACUUCAAAACUUUUUUAGAAUUUUAUCUGUUUGUUAGGAAGUUUGCUCACAAACAAUUUUUGUAUCCAUUGCCUUGAUAGGGUGUGCAUACCCACUUCAGUUUGCAACUGUGAAAUUGUUGUUUUACCCACUAUAUAUGAACUUCUAUGAUGUGAACUUAGAAAACA